AUAUGCCUAGCAUAGAUAAAUAGUUGAAAAAGGUUAAAAAAGUUACUGAAUAAUGUUACACGUCGUUUAAGCGUUACAAGUUAUGAAAUAUGCCGUAGACAUGCUGCUUUAUUACAGAUGUCAUUGACGGAGAAGAAUUCGUUUUGGACUAAUGUUGUCUCGAAUAUAGAACGUGAAGCUUAUGAGAGGACACUCACCGAACGUAUCAAGAAUUAUGAUUUUUCAUUGACUCUGCCAGUUACGCUACGUAACCGCGUGGCCAAGAUAUUGCAAUACGAAUAUGAUGAGUUUGAUCGUAACGUUUUCAUAGCAGAAUCAUCGGUUGACACACCCAUAUCAUUUGGUGAAGAUGAGGUGGAGCCGGACGAUGGCAUCAAAAAGAAAAAGACGGUUGAUCUUUUUAAUGAAAGUACAUGCUCCGAAAUUGAACGCAUGGAACAUGAAUUUCUUGUAUUCGAUUUGGUUAUGGACAAACCGUUAGAACAUAAGGCCAAACAAAAGAGGAAGAAAAACUGGUGUUCUAUGUACAUUUGCAAGCCCCGCAAAGAACGUGUCAGAUGGGACUCAAAAAUUUAUGAACUCGAAGGCACUGUUUGGGAAAAAACUCUAGAUGAGCAAGCUGAACAAUUGAUGGAUGCUUCGGCUGAGCGUUUUACCGAAUGGUUGAAUUCCCUUGGCAGCAGCAAUCAAUCGGAUAUAACCAAAGAGAAGUUAAAAUCUUUCUUUUCAAUUGAAGGCGACCGUAAGCUAUUGGCUUCGAUUAUAACGGAACCAAAGGAAGUGAAAGCUAUCGCCAAAACCGUCGCCGAUAAAUGGAAUCUCCCCGAGAUGGCAUUAGAACUGAAAUAUGAGAAGUAUAUAAAAGAUCGUUUGCAGAAAGUCCCAAGAACUAUAAUUAAGGUGGCGUUCGGUCGAACCGUGCCGAUGAAGGAUCGUCCAUGGUUGCCGUCUGAAAAUGAUACACUAAUUCAUACCGCUUAUCCGCAAGAGUUGUUGACUUUCGAAAAGCUCUUUAAAGGUAUCACGCACUUGCGCUCCACUCGGGCCCUUAUCGAUUUCUACAAAAAGACUCCUAUACUCGAGAAGCCACAGUUUCUAGUAGCAAAUGGACAUUUUAAAGAUAAAGAGGAAGCGGCCGCUAGGGGCGAAGUACCGCUUUAUGAGCGUUUGAAAUUAAAGUAUUAA